UGACUGUGUUCUUAAGCACUUUGACUCCGAAAUUCUACUUUGCCCUUACAGUGACUUCGUCUUUUAUAUCUGGACUGAUAUUUGUGUUUGAGUGGUGGCAUUUCCGAAAAUACGGCACGUCCUUCAUUGAGCAGGUUUCUGUGAGUCACCUGAGGCCCCUCAUCGGCGGCGUGGAGAACAGCCCCCCCGCCCCAGCCGCCUUCUCGGCCGGGGAGAGUGAGCCGAGCAGGCAGAGCAUGCCAGAGUGCAAAGUGUGGAGAAAUCCUCUCAAUCUUUUCAGAGGGGCAGAGUAUAGCAGAUACAUGUGGGUGACGGGGAAGGAGCCUCUUACGUACUAUGACAUGAAUUUGUCUGCUCAAGAUCAUCAGAACUUUUUCACGUGUGACACAGACGCCCUCCGGCCCUCGGACACAGUUAUGCAGAAAGCAUGGCGAGAGAGAAACCCCCAAGCCCGGAUUAAAGCAGCGUAUCAAGCUUUGGAGUUGAACAAUGACUGUGCCACUGCAUAUGUCCUCCUGGCUGAGGAAGAAGCAACAACUAUUGUAGAUGCUGAGAAGUAUUUCAAGCAGGCUCUGAAAGCAGGAGAAAUGAUUUACAGGAAGUCUCAGAACUGCCAUGCCCAAAGCCCCCAGCAUGAAGCACAGCUGAGAAGAGACACCAAUGUAUUGGUAUAUGUGAAAAGGAGACUAGCCAUGUGUGCAAGGAAACUGGGAAGAAUACGAGAAGCAGUAAAAAUGAUGAGAGAUCUGAUGAAAGAGUUUCCACUUCUCAGCAUGCUGAAUAUUCAUGAGAACCUUCUGGAGGCGCUGCUGGAGUUACAGGCUUACGCAGAUGUCCAGGCGGUUCUAGCCAAGUACGACGAUAUCAGUCUUCCAAAAUCAGCAGCGAUCUGUUACACAGCAGCCCUGCUAAAAGCCAGAGCUGUUUCAGAAAGAUUCUCCCCAGAAACUGCCUCCAAAAGAGGGCUUAGUACAGCAGAAAUCAACGCUGUGGAAGCAAUUCACAGAGCUGUGGAGUUUAACCCUCAUGUUCCAAAGUAUUUACUAGAAAUGAAGAGCUUAGUGCUACCUCCAGAGCACAUCCUGAAGCGAGGGGACAGCGAGGCAGUAGCGUAUGCUUUUUUUCACCUCCAGCACUGGAAGAGGAUAGAAGGGGCUCUAAAUCUGCUGCACUGCACAUGGGAAGGCACAUUUCGGAUGAUCCCGUACCCGUUAGAGAAAGGCCACCUUUUCUAUCCCUACCCGAGCUGCACAGAAACAGCGGACAGAGAACUGUUGCCAACAUUUCACGACGUCUCCGUUUACCCGCAGAAGGAACUUCCCUUUUUCAUCCAUUUCACAGCAGGCCUGUGCUCCUUCUCGGCCAUGCUUGCCCUCCUGACGCACCAGUUCCCCGAGCUGAUGGUCGUUUUUGCUAAAGCUGUGCUGCGGGUGCUGUGGCCUGUGAGUGCUCCCAGCGUCCUGGCGUCCGGCUGA